AAAAGACACCUAGGCCUAAGUCCAGUCAGUCUCUGCAAAAUGGCAGCAACAUUUCAUUUUGCGGCGGAAACGCCUCCUGAUUCUAUGUUUUCUGAGAUCCAAACGUUGAAUAAGUUUAACGAAGAGCAAUUUAGUGAGAUAGUUUCCAUUGUUAUUGCCUUCCUCUUGGAACCUGACAAGUCCAACCAGUUGAUCAGCCAGCUAGAUGAUUUUGCCAGGGACCAGGGGGUCAGCGUCGCCCCACUGAGGAACAUCGUGCGAAGCCUCAUCACAAUCCUCAAUAAUGCAGUAAGAAGAAACAUGACCCCAACGCAGCUGGAAGAAGAUCUAGUCAGUCUGGGCCUGUCUGAAGAGAGAGCAACUCAUCUCGCAAAUCAGUGGAAGUCGAAUCUGAUUGGUCUGUCAAGGACAGCAGUGGGGCAGACACUGAUGAUCAACCAGCUAGUGGACAUGGAGUGGAAAUUUGGAGUGACAGCAGCUAGUAGUGAGCUCCAGCAAGUUGGCAGUACUUUCCUCCAGAUGAAGCUGGUUGUCAACAAGGGAAAUAAGACAGAAAAUGUAUAUAUGGAGCUUUCCUUGCCGCAGUUUUACUCCUUCCUACAUGAGAUGGAAAAAGCAAAACUCAGCCUGGAGUACUUCAGUUAGUAUCUGAAGGUAUAAGUAGUUUACGGAAUCAACACAGUCCAAACCAAGAGCAGGUUAUUAGAUCUCCUAUUAACUGGGAUGUUGCACUUGUAAUCAAGAAGAGCAUUUACUGCUGUUGUCAAUUCAAAAGUCCUAAUCACUUGAGCCAAGAGUACUUGUAAUUCAGUUUCUAUCAAUGCUGUAUAAUUUCUGUUUUUUUCUCAUUAAAAACUGUUGUGAAUGCAUGACUUGGCAUUGCACAGCAAUGUUUCCGCUGUCUGUUGCCAUUGUCACUAAAUAGUGAAUACAUAUGUUUUAAAUUGUGGACUAUGAUCCUAAGUCGGUUAGUGAGUAACUCUCAGUCAGUUCUGAGCCUCUGUGGUUCAACAGGCGUAUGCUUUAUGUCUCCGGUUUCCUCUCUGUCUGCCUCGAAUUGAAAUGCACCUUUACCAGCCAAAGAGAAACAAGCUGGUGAGAAGUUUUUCAGCUUAGCUCUUGCAUGCACUUGGCACUCACACGAAGGACUAUACAUUCUGGCAUAAAUGAGUGGAGGGGGGCAAGUAGGGGUGAAGUGGCUUGCCCAUGGCCACACAGUAAAGGCCAGCAGGUGGAGUUGAACCUCGUACCCUCUCAUCAUGAAUCAUGAACCGUAAGCACCGGGCCACAUUGCCUCUGUGGCCCCCCAGAAUAUGCAUUUAGCUGAACUUUAGGCCAUUUAAAAUUUGCCUGACCGGAACCGUAAUGCCAUGCUGCGGUUUAGAUUCAAUGCAGCACACUAUGUAUUUAUUACACACCACAUACAGUCUUUGGCAGCUGUGAGUUGGGGGGGCUGGACCAAGAGAGGGCGCAAUUUUCUUAGCAAUGGAGGCUCCUGUGGUCGAAACUGAACUUUGCAGGUUCACAAAUGAUUAUGAAAUGCAUGCCUUACGGUCGCAUCAGUGCCAAACAAAUGAGCACUCGAGUGCUUUUUUUUGUUGGCAGCGCACACCCAACCAACAUGGCUCUUCAGUCGAUGAAGGGGUGCUUCUGCUCGAGGCAAAUUGCAGUCUGUGUAAAUGUACCAAAAUAUUCCCUGUGUAUUUCAUUUGAAUAUCGCGAAAGAUUGGACAAGACCAGCGGGGACUAGCUACAACAUUUUGUCCCUUGAUCAGGAGAUUCAAAUGUCAAUUCCGACUACUUGUACACUGUACAAAUAUUUCAUUGUGGUAAAAGAACAAGUGUUUGUGCACUGCUUCCAAAAUAGAAUCAAUGUUGAAUUUAUCAAAUGGAUUCUUUAUAUCUACAUCUUUUUUUUAUAAGUAAAAUAUAUUAAAACUAUAGUCAUUUUCCCAUGUGUAUGUAGUAAUAAAGUAACACUGAGACAA